AGUGGAAACGCAAACAUUGAAAAGCAAAGAUAAUAAAACAUGAAUAAAAGUUACAGUGCAGUGCAAGAUGUCAAUAGUUCAGUUAAAACCAGAGGCAAAAAGAAAAGCCUUCAGCCUGGAUUUAAGAGUUGCAGCGGACCGGCAGGUUUCUGGCAGUUUGUUCCAGAUAUUUGGAAAUAUCCCUAAAAGCAAUAAACAUACUGUUUCAUUUGGACAGUAUGUUUGGAACCAAAGUGAGGAUUUAAUUUUAGCAUUAUAGAUUUAAAAGAAUUAUAUAUAACUACCAAUAAUAUCAAUGUCAAUUUUAUUUCAUAAUCCUCAUAGACUUCAAAAUAAUGAAAAAAGUGUUACAAUGUCUUUGUAAACAUGCUGCUUGCCUAGUUUCAGCUUAAACACACUGUAUAAAGGGCAGCCAAUCGGAGGACAGAGGGUCUAUGAGUGGUUUGGAUAAAAGCUAAAUAACAUGUAGUGUUUGUUCUGUUAUCUUGUGUAAACUGCCCCCCUCAGAAGUGAUGCUUAGGAAGAGGCCGGCUGCAGCAGGUUAAUGAUUACAGCGGCUCUGUUUAUCAGUGUGUGUGUCCUGUGUGUGAGGGACAGACGCUCAGGGGACAGCCAUGGCAGGACAGCGUGUGUGUGUGUCCGACUUCGAGAAAGAAGCUGAGAAAGUUCUUCCUAAAGCCGUUUACGAUUACUACCGCUCAGGAGCUGAUGAGCAGAGCACACUGGCUGACAAUGUGGCUGCCUUUAACAGGUGGCGUCUCCUCCCCCGGGUGUUGAGGGACGUCUCCUCAGUGGACCUGUCCGUCUCUGUGCUGGGUCAGAAGCUCAGCAUGCCGGUGUGUGUGGGAGCCACCGCCAUGCAGAGGAUGGCCCACCCUGAGGGGGAGAUGGCCACAGCCAGAGCAAGCCGAGCAGCGGGGACAGGGAUGAUGCUGAGCUCCUGGGCCACAUCCACCAUAGAGGAAGUGAUGUCAGCGAUGACAGCCACAGGAGGCGGGGUCAUGUGGCUGCAGCUCUACAUCUACAGAGACCGAGAGCUCACUCUGUCAUUGGUCCGCCGGGCAGAGGAGGCGGCCUAUAAGGCCAUAUUUGUUACCGUGGAUACACCUUACCUGGGGAGGCGAUUGGAUGACAUGCGCAACCGCUUUAAACUUCCCUCACACCUCAGCCUGUCUAACUUCUCAUCAGCCUCCCUGGCUUUCUCUGAGGGUAACUAUGGCAACGACAGUGGUUUGGCUGUUUAUGUUGCCAAAGCGAUAGACCCCACCCUCUGCUGGGACGACAUCACAUGGCUGAAAAAACACACACACCUACCUGUGAUCGUCAAGGGAGUCCUAAAUGCUGAGGAUGCUGUCCAAGCUGUGAACUAUGGAGUCGAUGGUAUCCUGGUGUCCAAUCACGGAGCUCGACAGCUGGAUGGGGUUCCUGCCACGCUGGAUGUGCUGGAGGAGGUGGUGAGGGCGGUGCAGGGGCGCUGUGACGUCUUCAUGGACGGAGGAGUGAGGCGGGGGUCAGACGUGCUGAAGGCUUUAGCUCUGGGGGCCAAGGCAGUCUUCAUCGGCCGCCCCGUGCUGUGGGGGCUCGCCUGUCAGGGGGAACAGGGAGUGACAGAGAUCCUGGAACUUUUUAAAGAGGAGCUACGACUGGCUAUGGCUCUCUCAGGUUGUCGUUCUGUAUCUGAGGUCAGCAGGUCUCUGGUCAGGAGAGCAGACUUCACUUCCAGGAUGUAAGAGAUGAACCUGCUGAUGAGGCUAUAUUAUACUGCUAUUUGUCAUAUUAUUAAACUAUUUUUUUAUUCA